AAUGUAAUCGAAAACCGUAAUAAUGGCGCUAAAUUAAACCCGGUUGGAUGAAAACCAAUUUAAACCGGGAUUUAAUCGUAAACCGUUACAGUGGCGCCAAAUUAAACCCGGUUAUUGUUUUUCCCCGCGAAAAACUCGUUGAAACAGAGAUUUAUCACCCCUCUCUCUCUCUCUCUCUCUCUCUCUCUCGUGAGAAUGGUGGUGUCGCGGCGGAGGAGAACUCAGGUGACCAACCUUAGAUCCAUGGCGGAUGAUUCUGAUUCGGAAUUGGAUACGGUCUGCGAGGAAUGCAGCUCAGGGAAACAACCAGCGAAGCUGCUUCUUUGCGACAAAUGCGACAAAGGGUUUCAUCUGUUCUGUCUCAGACCGAUUCUAGUUUCGGUUCCUAAAGGCUCUUGGUUCUGCCCCUCGUGUUCUAAACACCAGAACCUUAAAGCUUUCCCUCUUGUUCAGACCAAACUCCUAGACUUCUUUCGGAUUAAACGGUCCUCUUCAGACGCAUCUUACAUCUCAUGUUCUCCUCCAGAUAAUAUUGGGAAGAAAAGGAAAAGGACAAGCUUGGUGAUGUCAAAGAAGAAGAGGAAGCUUCUUCCAUACAACCCAACCGUUGAUCCUCAAAGAAGACUCGAGCAAAUGGCCUCUCUAGCCACUGCGUUGAGAGCAUCCAACACUGAGUUCAGCAACAAGCUCACUUAUGUACAUAGCAAGGCUCUAAGAUCUGCAAACAAAGCUGUCCUUGAGAAAGGAGGCAUGCAGGUUCUGUCUAAACAAGAUGCAGAGACAUUAGCCUUGUGCAAGAACAUGAUGGUUCGUGGUGAAUGUCCACCUCUUAUGGUCGUCUUUGAUCCUUAUGAAGGGUUCACAGUAGAGGCUGAUAGGUGUAUUAAAGACUUGACUAUAAUCACAGAGUAUGUUGGUGAUGUUGAUUAUCUGAGCAACAGAGAAAAUAACUAUGAUGGAGACAGCAUGAUGACUCUCCUCCAUGCCUCUGAUCCUUCGCAAUGCCUCGUUAUUUGCCCUGACAAACGCAGUAACAUCGCACGUUUCAUCAGCGGCAUCAACAACCACACUCCAGAAGGGAGGAAGAAGCAGAACCUGAAGUGUGUGAGGUUCAACAUCAACGGAGAAGCUAGGGUUCUUCUCGUAGCUAAUAGAGAUAUUUCUAAAGGGGAGCGAUUGUAUUAUGACUACAACGGAUAUGAACAUGAAUAUCCAACUGAAAAUUUUGUAUAACCCUAAAAGUAUACAUAUAAACUUGUUCAGCAAGAAACCAAAAUGGUGUCUGGUCUUCUUGUCUUCCCAUGAAUCAAGCCUUAUUUUUCACAAGUUGUACCACAACAACGCUGUUAAAUUAUCUUUCUAUACUUUUAUUUAAAAUUAUAUAAGAAUAAUUAUUAUGAAAUCAAUCAUUAUUUUUUAUUCUAUUUUGGCAAUUUUCCCUUUUUAAAAUUGGUUUAUGUGGUCAUAGUCGGAAUGUGUGCAAAUCGGUUAAAAAAUGAUUUUUUUCUAAAAAAAAUAGUUUUUUUUUUAAAGUGAUUUUUUUGAAACAGUUCUUUUAACAUUGAUUGCUUCAACAUUGAGUAUCUUAUUUCUAAACUAAAUAUAGAAUGAUGCAAAAAAAAAUUAUAGAAAAUGAUUUUGACUAUAUAAUUAAUCUCGUAAUGAAUUUUAUUUAAAUAAAAAGAAACAUGGAUAUUUUUACAAGUAAAAAAUGGUUCCGGCAACAUUCGAACUGGUACUUGUGUUCCAAGCAAACUUUGCGGCCAAAAUUCAGAUCACCGUUGGUGAUUCUAUGUCCAAAAGAGGGUGGUUGUCGUCUCUACAACCCAGAAAAAGACAUGGUUUACGUGGCGAAGAGUGACCUUUCGGGGUAUCAAUUCCUAGGAAACUCACGUAAGUGGUUUUUUGUGGUAGAUUCUAGAUCUGAUCUCUACAUCAUAGACGCCACGAGAGGAUGCUACUCCCACGUCUAGAGACACUCAAAGGUGGCACUCAUGUGAUUAAGCGUAUAAUGGCCCUCACGAACUAAUGAAUUUUUGGUCGAGAAAAAUUCUACACGGCCAGUUUGAAAUUGGUUCGACCGGAACUAAAAAUAAAAAUCGACCCGGUAAACUAAUGUCUCGACGGAACUGUUUUGUGGUCGAGUCUUAAAUAUUUUGGUCGAAUUUUUAUUAAGCUGGACGAGAUUUUCCGAGGGCAAAACAAGAACCAAAGAGAAGGAACAUUUGGUUAAAAUUUUAUUUAAAAUUAUCGACCAACUUCUAAAUAGUUUUUGAACUAAGUUAUGCCCUCCACCAGCCUACUUGUGCACUUAUUCAGUCACAUGUUAUGCACAUGCCUACUUGCCUAGCAUUUUCAGUAGGCACAUGACAAUCACAAUCUACCUGCUUGCCUUGUUUCUUAGGUUGUCAUGUGACAAACACAUGAAAGGGCUAGAGUUUCUUUAGGGUAAGGACAUGACAGCAACUUAUGCUGAGAGUGCUGAAGCAGCUGGUGAGCUGUCCACACUCAGCCUAACUUUGUCCUAAGUGAAAUCAUCACCUAAAGCAAGCUCACUUCAUAUUUAACCCUUUCCAGCUGUUUUCCACGUCCUGAAAUCUAAAGAAAAAUCAAGAGAGUUUCAGAAAUUUUAAGAGAGAAAGAAGAAGAGAAAACUGAAAAAAAUUCAGAAACUAAAAUCAAGAGAAAAAGUAUGGUUGAAUCUUUGGUAAAGUUCAUCCAUCAGUUGUUUCAGUCUGUUAUUGAGAGUAAGAUCAGACGGUGAGACUUUUAAAUAAAACCCUAGACCUAGUUCAGUUCAGAUCAUGAUCAAACCCACAUCUCUCUUUCUGUUCAGUUCAGCCGCAAGCUAACCUUGGAGAAGAGGAUCAGCUGAGACCAUCUAGUCCUUUGGUUCGUCUUGGUAAGCUUUGGUCUCCUUGCUUCAGUCAAUAUCUGAUCAGAACAGUUCAUGGCUAUCUUAGAUCUUGGUCGGAUCAGUUGUAUAAGUUGUGAUACAGUUCAGUUAUUGUUUAGUUUCAGUUUGAAUCCAUCUCUUAAAACAUUUAGCUAAGCUGUUAUGGAUUGAUUGGAGUUAAACCGAACUGAACUCAAUCUGAUAUUGUCCUGAACUGUUGUUAACUGAAUAUAACUGAGCUGAUCUGAUCUUGUAUGAGAAGAACCGAGCUUGAACUGAAUUGAUUUAAGUUGUUUAACGUUAACCGAAUUGUCGGAUUGUUGAUGUUCUGAACCGAACCUUGCUCUGUUUUGAUCAGCUAAGGUGUGGAGCUUUACUAGUCCAACUCUGUCCAUUCAGUCUCUUGGUAAGCCACAAUCAAGUGAGUCGGAUGAGUUGUUGAGUUAAUCAUAGUAACCGAUCAGAACCUUGUCCACUCUUAGGUCCAUUCAGCUUUGUUCAAGAGGAACUCAAGUCUUGUUCAAGCCAGUUUCAAGACUGUUUUUUAGGUGAGUCUAGACAGAUGAUGAGAUAGAUCAUGAAUGAGUACAUGAUUGAGUUUAAUUGUAAUAUCUUAAUUAGAUAGUAAAGUCUUUGAAUCCUUUAAGAAGUGUAUGGUGUUUACUUAGUGAAAACACUUACACUUAAAGAAUAAUGAAAAUGUUAUAGUGAGGUUAA